AUGGAAAUUAUCAGAGGUAGUUUGGAUGACAUUUCCCGACCUGCAUCGAGUGAGCAAACUGGUAGCCGAGUGUCGAGCGUGUCAUUGCCUCACAGUGACAGACUUUGUCCAACAACUCCAUUUUCCCUUGAGGUUUUGACCAACGAUACUGCUGAUUUUCAGGGCCAAAGCAGCUCUGAAGAAACUAUAAACAACUCCUCAACCUUAAGUCCUGACAAAGGUCAGUGUGAUGUUGAAAUAACUGACAAAGAGAAGGAAGAUCCUAAACUACAGAGGGCCAUUGAAGAAAUGAGACAGCUGGAUGAAAUACUGUCUUCAAAGAUCUGCAAAGAAAAAGAAGUCAGGCGUGAAAGGAAAGAACUUCAAGCAAAACUCUGGCAAGAGCUACUGAAUAAGCCUGAAGGCCGCUCUGAGUGUACUCAUGAAGCUGUGAACACAAAGUUGUUUUUAGCUCUGGAAUCACCUACUGGGCCUGAAGAAGAGGAUGACUUUGUGUCAGUGUUCAAAACUCAGGUUCCUGACUGUGAACAGGACAGAGACAGGCAACAUAUGGGGAAAAGUGAAAAGAGGCCAGAAAGCACGAUAGAAUCAUUUGAGGAAGGCCGUGAGGAGACAUGGGAAGAGCAAUUUGAAGGCAGCCACUGUGAAGUUUUUGAAGGCAAGAAAAAACAGAGGGACUUUGUCAAGAGAAACAUCGAGCUGGUAAGUGGUGAGGGUGGCCAAGUGCUUUUGACCGAGGCAGAGAAGAAGCGUCUGGCUGAGCUCCUCCAAGAAAUAGACGAAAAGGAAGAGGACAGUGCCAGAGGCGCAGACAGUGAGCAGGAAAUGUGGGCUGUGUCAGUCUUUACAAGCCAGGGUUACACCCCGCAGCCCUCUGACCUGGAGCAGCUGAUUGACAUUGACUCCAAAAUUCGCCUUCUCCUUCCUGUUGAAGAAUUUCUCUCCGUGCAAAGCUCCUACACAAAUGCAAGUAUGUGUCAGGGCCAUGGCUCCGAGGUUAUUGGCUGGAAGUGUGAUGGGGACCCGAAGCCAGGAGAGAAGGUCCUGCAGGAUAUAAAGGAGAGGAGAGGGCAGGAGAGGCGGCUCCAAGAGAUCCAACAGCAGCUGGAGAUGCUGGGCCAGGGCCAGGAGAUGACUAAUGAGUCACCAAAUCUCACUGAGGAGCAGUUACUUAUCCUGUUGGAUGAAUGUGAGUUGACGAAGCGAUGGAGCCAGGACCUUGAGAUGAAUGAAGCAACUCCAUGA